AUGGCAAACCAACCAAAUGCUUCAUUCAAUGUAUCAGAAGCAGAAUUAUGGGAGUAUCUGAACAGGCGCCGGUUUGACAACAACAUUGCCAAUAUCCCAUCAUUUUUAUUUAUGGCUCUGGCUUUUGUCAGUGGAAUCAUCGGGAAUUCCCUAAUUCUAAUUGUUUAUUCACGGAAACGGAACAAAACACCAACUGUAAUAUUGAUCCAGUUUAUAGCUCUGAUGGACACACUCACUAAUCUUGUUUUGAUUCCAGGUAUAAUUUAUAAGAAAAGCCACACCUGGACGUUCACAAAUGUCACCAUUUGUAAGACGUACUUUUUCUUUCUCAGUGUAAUAUCGUGGACAUCGGCAAUUCUGUUGUUGGUUGUGGCCAUAAUUAGAUACAGGAAGAUCUGCAAACCUUUUGGAAAACAAAUCAACAACAAAGCAACACAAACAAUUUGCGCCUUUGUUGUAGUAUUGUCGAUCGUAGUCAGCGUACCGUUUGUAAUUUUCUAUGGCAUUACUACGGCAGACACUGGGCAUAAGGGCAUCACUGGCUACAACUGUGGAGUAUCUGACGCGUAUGUCCACUCACCCUGGCCCAAGAUUUUCCACGGGCUGUUUAUCCUGGUCUUCAUUACCUGUUCUGUGGCCCUCUCGACGCUUUACAUUCUGAUUGGUAUAGAAGCCAGACGACGCCGAAUAUCCCCAGGUGUGGUAUCGAUAGUAACAAAUAAUCGGCUACAACACAUUGAGCAGAUUAAAGUAGAAGUCACUCGACCUUCAGACGAGUCACGCAGUGAAGCAGAAGAAGUACUUGAGCAGGGUAUGUCAAGAAAAAAUGACGUAAGUCAGGAUUGCAACAAUUUUACCACCGAUAUUACGAAUGAAACAGAAACUGAUGUCAGUGACACAGAUGUAUCGUUUGAAAACAAGAUAGCCGGUCCAACUCCAGUAAUCACUAUAGCUGUUCCUGCAACGACUACUACAGACGUGUCUUCAGGGACCAUUACAUCAAGUCACAAAAAUACAAAAAUCCAGCAAACAAAACACAAAAAACAGGAAGGCAAAACAACUCGUAUGCUAGUAGCAACCAGCGUCACCUACAUCAUUUGCUACCUUAGUACCCUUGUUUCUCUGUUGAUAUGUGUCGCCUUUAAUUUAACCGGUAAAUUGUCGUUGGCAGAAGUUUCAAUUUUAAACUUGUUCCUUGUUAUGUUCUUGGUGAACAGCUCAGCUAAUCCGUUUAUUUACAGCAUUUGUAAUCAAAGCUUUAGACGUGAAUGUUUAUCUCUACUUAAGUAUUUAUUUGAAAGCUGCACGCCUUCAACAUCGACAACAACACAACCAGAGGGCAAAGUGUCUGAAUCUACCCAAGUACAAAAUAUACAAGCGACCACAUCAUCUGAUUUGCAGAAUCAAGCCGUCGAGACUCAAGACAAAAAGUUAUUCUAA